AGGAAGCCAUUUGAUUGCUUGGUCUAUAAAUGGUAACUAUAACAGUAUGCUGUAAUUAUAAUUUAUAACAGUCCUACUCUAUGUCUACCUACUCAAACUGAUUUUGGCUGUCACAUAUCUUGGACUUUCGUUUCAGACCUUAGUACUUUAGACUGACACACCCACUUCAGUUCACACUUCAGUCAGUGUGAGUGAAUGAGUGAAAUAAAUAUACCGGCGGCUGCAACGGGCCUACUUAACUUACGUUUAUAUUAAUUUAAUAUUAAUAGCCUAUGUGUUUGCCAAUUAUCAGGCCAUUUUGUGGUUAUUUUUUUAGCAAUAUAUCAAUAUUAUUGUCAGUAUUAUUAAUAAUUAUUCAUAAUUAUUUAUAUCACCCAUACCGUCCUCAGUUUACACCAGAAGAUAAUAACUUAAUAAGCCAGCACUUGUGGCUGGGGAAAUUCGGCUGAUUAAUUUGGCCAAAAUGUCCAAAGAGUAAAUUUACAGCAUUUGUCUUGUUAAUUUUAAUAAUAAUGUUAAAUUUAAACUUAGACUUAGACUUUUGACUUAGGCUAUACUAUAUUAUAUGACAUAUGAUGACUACAAUUUAAAUUAAUAAUAUAAAUGAAAUAUGCUAUGAUACUCAUUGCCAUGCUGUAACUAUAAUUAUAAUCACUGUGUUUUUCUAAACUUGUUAGUCCAAUAUAAAACAAGGGGAACAUAACUCUGCAAUGAUUUGUCAUGGGCAUAAAAUUAAUUUAUCCAAGUACCUAGUAUUAAAGCUGGGUUCUUAACUUUUUUGUUCCAUGGACCCUUUUGGCAGUUAGAUAAAAGCCAUGGAGCACUUCUUGAAAUAAGUUUUUAGACCCAUAUAAUGAUAUUACAAAAGAAAUUCAGCUCAAAGAUCCCCUGAAACCUUUUCAGAUUGUUUUUUUCCUCUAGGUUUUGAAGAUGCUGUAAAAAAACAUCAAGUAUCCAAGAAUCGGUAUUUGAAGGGAACUAUAAACGUUUUUUAAACUUUAAGAAUCAUACCAAAAAUAAAUAUAUCAUUUAAAGUUUCAAAAGUUUAGAAAUGAGCUGGCCUGGUUCUGAUGGAGAUAAAAACCCUGCUGUUGAUCCAUACAAAAAUAAUUAUGCCACGUAUUUGCCACCAAAACCCAAACAUCAAAGCAGCAAUAGGGAAUUAAACCUUAAUGCUGAGAGAGAGCAGAUCAAAUAUGAACAAAAAGCAGAGUUGGACAAAGACUUGUUUCCUGCAUCAGGUGUUCAAGGUGUGUUUCCAUUGCCAGGAUCACAGACAGAUUCAGCACUUUUCUCUAUUAGCAAAAGCAGUAUUCCAAAAAGUAAAGGCAGUACAUCUUAUGAUACUGCUAUUAACAACAUAGCAAAAAGUGAUCCUAAAGCUUCCAAACAUAGUCACAGACACUCAUCCAGAUCCAAAAAGAAGAGAAAGCACUCAAAACAAGACAAAGAACCCGGGAGUAUUGACCAAACUAUUGCACAGCCCACAACAGCCAUGAAUAAAAGCCCAGAAGUAACACCAGCUUUGUUAGAUGUCACCCGGUCACCACACCCAAUAAGUCUACCUAAAAGUUUGAUGGCUGCACUUGAUGCUAAUAGUGGUGAUACAAGCACACCUAGUCACAGCAAUAAACCAUUAUUUACCAUGGGUGAGGAUAAGGAUGAAGGUGAUUACUUAAGCAAGAGAAAAGAAUCAGACGCAACAGUUAAAAGACAAAAUCUUCCAGUCAGUGGGGAAGAGGCUCAGGCAAGUGAGCUGGAUGACAGUGAUGGAUUUGUUAAUAAUAUUAACAUCACACGCCAGCUGCUGGCCCAAAUGGAGAAGAACAGCAAACAAGGCCACGUUGUAAUGAAUAAGGUAAGUUUAAAAAGUGUGGAAGAAAUAAUAUCAUGAUUAAUUAAAGCCAUGUGUUACACAUAGCUUUGACAUUUUCUGUUAGAAAAUGCUGAUAGUAGAGAUAGAGAUAAAAGUUUUAUGAAUAUUAGCUUAUUUAUUUUAGUUAGAUCUAAUAUUUUGCAGGAGACUUUGUUACAAAAGAAAAUCAUUCCUUAAAUUUUGUUCCAUACAUUUAGUUAAUUCGACCAGGAGCUAUGUAAAGAUGUGAAGGCAUUGAUUUAUUUCAAGGCAUUGAUUUCAAUAGCUUACACUAGAAACAUUCUUUUUCAAAGAAUUUAUUCAUAAUCCUUUUAUGAAAAAAUUAAGUUAUGCUGAUUGAAAGUCAGUGUCUGAAUCAAUGCAUGCUUUUGUAUGUACAGGGUUAAGACUUUAAAAAAAAAAAAUGCUUCAAAAUCUACAUUUUCAGGUCACAUACAGUUUGAAUUACAUGUUAUGAAUAAAUCAAUAAUUAUACAUUUUCAAAGAAUCUAAUCAAUAAAAGCUGUGAAAGUUAACACAAUAGACUCCUGAUCACCACCCCUUCAAUCAUUCCACUUUUAAGAUGAUCCAGCUGCAGGUUAAGUCUAAUGAAUACUUGACUAAAUGCUGAUUUGAAGACCUGGCUUCAUAGCCAACAGAGAAAACUCUGUGUAUAUAUUUGUUUGGUUUUCAUCAUAUUUUCAUUUUUGUUCAACAGAAGCUAAUAACUUGCUUCAACCAUUCCAUGGUCCGGCUUAGGUUAAAAAGAAUUGCUACUCUGAUGAAGACCUAAGUUGAGAUUUUUGGGAAUCAUUUGAUUUUUGGAAGGGGAUAAACAUUUAAUUUAUUAUUUUAACAUGAGAAGUGUCAAUGUUAUUUAUGAAUCAUGACCUUUUUAACUUACAGAAAGAAACUGCAAAGUUUAUUGUCAACAACAUAAAGCAGAGAGAAUGCAGUCACUUUGUAAGCAUCCAUAAAUCAAUACAAAGGUAUGAACUACUAUUCUUCAUGUAAUGUCAAAAAGUUUAUGUUUGAAAAAAUAAAAUAAAGUUAAAUGGCUUUGAUUUGUAGAUAGUAUUUUAUUUUUAGUGCAAACUUGAUUUUCACACUAAGUCUUUUUAAGUGGAUUUAUUCUUUACACUCUCAUUAGAAAAAUAACUAGUUUCUAACCUUUUUUGCAGCUAGAUACAUUUUCCUUUUCUUCAUGCUAUUGGGUCUAUGCUAAUAUGUUAGUAGCAUUAUCUUUUAUGAUAUCCCCUCAAAGCCACAUGACAAAUAUUAAUAGGAUUUGUAAGUGUUAGUGACAUUUUAUAUUCCUAAUUCAGUUGGACCAAUACCAAUAUGUAAAUUUAAAAAAAAUAUCUGUAGCAAUAUUUGCACCUGUGGAAGAACAAAGCAGUGGCAUUUAGAUCGGUACUUGCCAAUUGAUGAACAAAAGACACAUGUUUGGCAUCAGAAGACACAUACCAUAACUGAACCCUGUGACUCAUUUGGGGACAUACACUUUCGUGGUUUUGGAACCAUUGUGACUAACUCUCCGGUGAGUCCAUGAUUAGGUCAUUAUGUAUUCCAUUUUGAUGUUCUGCCUCACUGUCCUCUCGCAGACAUAGCUAAAAUGCUGGCUAUCUUAAAAAUUAAAGGUGUUGAAGUUAAGUUUACUUUCUUAUUUUGGUUCUCUAAACAUUAGCAAUUCCUUCUGGGGUAAAAUGGGAGAUAGAAAAACCACCCCAUACACCCACACUACCCAACAUCAGGAUUCUCAUUCAUGCACUUGAGGAUACCUGAACUUUCUAAUGGGUUGGAGUUGGAUGAAACUAAUUAUUGGACUAAAUUUUAGCCCUAAAAGAAGCCUUUUAAUGUUUACAGCAUCUUUGCUGAGAGUCAACCAGCUGCAAUAUUCUUAGAGGAAUGGCUAGUGAAAAUAUAUUUGUUCUCAUUUUGCAGUUGGACUUUUGAAAAUUUGCAGAUGAUAAGAUAAUAACAAUUUGUUCAUAUGUUUAAAUCUGAUCUUUUUACAUUCACAUCUUUUAAUGUUGAGUUUUUAGUUUCAUUUCAAAAUCUUUAAUUCAAUUUAUCAUAAUCUGUAAAUACUUUCAUCAACCUAAAUUUCACUGUAAAAUAAUUGUUAACAGGGACUUAAAAGAAAUAAUAAAAUAUACCUUUUCAGUUCUAAAUCUCAACGUCUUGUUCAACAUUAUUUUAAAGUGCUUGCAAGCUACAUUACCUUAAGUUUUUUUCCAUCUCAUUCGUGGUCAUAUCAUACUGACAAUUGCAGUACUGGUACAAUACAUCAUGUUUCCAUUCUGUGUGUGUGUCAUCUCACAGUAUGUCAGGGUUGAUUUCAAAACCAAGCCAAAGGUAAUUUGGGAGCUGCUGAUUGAGCACUGGAAAAUGCCUCCACCAAGACUUCUCAUCUCUGUCACUGGGGGGGCACAAAGGUUUGAGCUGAUGCCUAGACUGAGCACUCUACUCAAGCAAGGACUUGUGGAGGCAGCCGUGAACACUGGUGUGUAGAACAGAGACCAAUCGAAAGUGAUAUUCUGGUUUCGGCCAACCGCAAGUUUAAAAUGACUUAACAAAACUUAACGAGACUUUCGGCCGACCCAAAACCGAAACCAAAUGCUUAAUGAGACUUUCAGGUCGAAGCGGAAAGAAAUGGAUAUUUACAAAUUAGUUCAUGCAUACGUUCUUCAUACGUUGAAAAAUGAUGGGGGAAAGUAUCCAAAUGUUAUUUUUUUUUUAAAUAAAAAAGGAGAUCGUCUGAACUUUUAAUAUCUCAGCAUCCAAUGAAUACCUUGGCUUUUACAAUUUGAAUUAAAAAGAAAUUUAAAUUUGUUCAAAAUGUUUUUUAAAGUAUUAUGAUAAGAGUAAAAUUUGACUGGUGGGGGAGGGCAAAAUUAGUGCAAUAUAAUUACAAUGCUACCUAGACAUAUUUGGUAUAGAUGGAAAGCUUAACUUAUGCAACUAUGCCUGUUUUAUUGGUGUGGUUCACUUAAAUAUCCAGGCAUAAGCCUUGAAGGAACUAUUUCUUCCACUAAACCAUAUGUGUCAAACGCAAGGCCUGCAGGCCACAUCCUGCCCACCAUACAAUUAAAUCAGGUCCGAGAGGUCUUGACCGGGGUACAUAUAUAUAUCCGGCCCUAGAGAGCAUUUUAGGCAAAAAUAUUAUUUAAUGGUCCUUUGAUAUAAAGUGCAAAUCAAAUUCCCAAAUUUGCAGUCAUGCCGAACGAUGGCUACCUGAGAGCGUUCUCGCUUCGAACAGAAUAAGCAAAAAUAAAAGUUGUGAAGUGAGUGGAUGUUCUUCAUUACAGUAACCUAGCAACGUUCUGUUGCUUUUUGGAUUGGUGUGUAAGAAAUGAAGUAGUGUAGUGCGCGGAUAUUACAUCACCUUUAAUGCUUUUUAAAAAAUUGAUUAUAUGUCAUAUUCAAAUGUUUGCUGAUCAUGAACUUGAUUUCUAGACAAUGAUGGAUAAUUGCAGUAAAUUAUUAUCAGGCGAUAGAUAAUUUUUUUUAGUGCUAUUAUAUGAAUAGAUUUUAAAAUUAAUUAAAUACUAUCUGUUGAGCUGUUAAAUCUUUUUAAUUAAAUCCCAUAACUUGGGUGCUACAUUUUUUUAAACUCGAGCAACUUUUAAAAAAAAAUUUACUUAUGUUAAACAUCUGUCUCAUCCUUCUCAUAGGUGCAUGGAUCGUUACUGGAGGCACAGCCACUGGAGUGAUGGAGUUUGUUGGUGAAGCAGUUCGAGAUCACAUGACAGUUAGAGGACGCGGGGCAGAGGAUGUUUGCGUGGCCCUUGGUAUUGCCACAUGGGGCUCAGUGGCAAACAAUUUGGCUCUUGAUGGUGAAGGGGUCAGAAGCUCUUUUUGAAAUUCUUAUUCCCUUAUUUUUUGCAUUAUUUAUUUUUAUAGGAUGUCUAGAACACACAAUAUUAGACUUUUCCUAAAGAUUUAGAGAAGGGUACUUAUAUUUUUAAUGAAAAUUUGAUAACAUUAUAACCAUUUUUUUUUCAUGUGCAGGAGGAAGGCUUGUGGCCAGCCACAUAUGCCAUUGAGGAUGUCAUUCAACCACCCAAGGGAUUCACCUCACUUGACCCAAACCACUCUCAUUUUCUGCUGGUGGAUAAUGGAUGCGUAGGCACCUUUGGGGCAGAGAUUGCAUUCAGAUCUGAACUUGAGGCUUUUAUUUCUGCUGUAGGCACUACAGGUGUCUCAGAGAGUCAGGGUAUGCCAGAUUUUCACUUAUCUCUAGUUAAUGUAACUUUAAACUUGAGAUAAAUUAGUGGUUCUCAACCUUCCUAGUGCCGCGAUCCUUUAAUACCGUUCCUCAUGUUGUGGCGACCCCCAACCACAAAAUUAUUUUCGUUGCGACUUCAUAACAUGUGUUUUCUGAUGGUCGUAGGCAACCACUGGGAAAGGGUCAUUGGACCCCCAAAGGGGUCACAGGUCACGACCCACAGGUUGAGAACUGCUGAGAUAAAUGGAAAAUAUUGUGUUGAAAACAAACUUUAAUGAGCUGUUUCUUUUUUUCCAAUCCAGGCUUGUGAAUCUCUUCAAGUUUUUGGAAAUAAAAUCUUACAUUUUAUUCUCAUCAAAAGGAUUGCCAAUAAUUACCCGUAAACUUGUCUAAAAUAAAUUCAAAUGUUAUAUCUUGUUGUGUUUUUGGUUUCAGUGAUCAACACACCUGUGGUACUGAUAGUAGUUGAGGGAGGUGUCGGCACAAUGGAAACAGUGUACCAGUCCAUCAAGAGAAACACUCCCGUUGUGGUCAUCAAAGGCUCUGGCAGAGCAGCUGAUUUAAUAGCUCUAUCAAUAAAGAUUACUGCUGACCCUGCCAAGUAAGGGACUUAUAAAUCUCACAACAGUUUCAUACCCCUUCACUGUAAUUCUUACAAAUUCCUUGUAAAGUAAUAAAGCAAAGAGUUAAUGAAGAAUUUAUCAUGCUAUUUACCAUUUCUUCUAUUUAAAAAAGAUUUAGUACCAUGUUAGAAAGAAAGAAAAUGAAAAAUUAUAAUAUUAAAUGAAUUACCAACUCCUUCACUCAAGGCUUCUAUAAGACAGUAAAUUGUGUUUGACUCAAUCUUUGUUAAUUUAGUGAGGAUCCUUUCUUUAAAUCCACAGUCCUGAUAUGUCAAAGAUUCCACUUGACUUUGAUGCAAUCGUAAGGCAGACAGCAGACAAAAUUUUUGUAUGGAAGGACCAAGACACAAAUAAAGACAAAAAAAUUCAAAGAUGUAUUGACACACUGAGAAUGUGCUUAAGAAAACGCAACCUGGUAGGAGUUGAUAUUGGCUUAGUCUCUUAAAAUGACAUGUCAUGAAAAUGAAAUAUUUUUGUGCCAAAUUCUUAUUGUUAGUCCAAAUCCUGACAACUUUAACAUUUUAUAUAUGCAGUAUAUAAUGAAGGAUAUUAAAAAAAAUACAGAAACAAAAAUCAAAUUUAACCGGAGUUCACCUCUGCUCAUUGCAAUAAUUAACUAUAACUAUAUUCAAAGUAAGUAUGUUGCAAGUUUUAAAAAUGUGAUCAUGUUUUUAAAAAAAAUAAAAUAAUGGGAAAGCACCGCCAGAAUUUAGUAUUGACCAAACUUGCACACAUACAAAAAAUAUUAAUUUGAAGAUGGUUUGCUGUUUCAAACUUGUUUCUGUUACAGAUAAAUGUUUAUGAUUUGGAAAAAUCUGAGUCUGCCCAAGACAUUGAUCGAGCCAUUUUGUUUGCUUUAUUAAAAGGUGAAAAUACUGUUGAUUUUAUUCUGUGAAAUUCAAAUAUAGAUUUAAUCAUCACUUCUUGAAACAGAUACAUUUGUUUAGUUCAAGCAUUAUAUUUUAAAAUCAAAACCUAAAAUAUUGAUAUUUGGUAUGUUUUUAUCAACAUAAGAACAGUGAAAAAAAAAAGAAAUAAAAACUUACAGUGGAUGAGCUCUUGACAAAUAAACUGAAGCGCACAUGCAAUAAUAAUAAAAACUUAAUACCGGGGUAUGAAGUUUUUUUUACAAUGCCAUUCCCCAGCCAACAAAUUUAACUCUAACUCCCAGCUGGCCUUGGCCUUGGCCUGGAACAGAUGCGACAUUGCACGUCAACAAAUCUUUACUCAGGAAAACAGAAGCCAGUGGAAGGUUUGUUUUUACAAAAUUAUUUACAGCAUCCUUUUUCUUAGGUCAGUAGGUUACAUGUCUUGCCUCCUUAGGUCAGUAGGUUACAUGUCUUGCCUCAAAGGUUUCAGGGUUUCAAUCCCUGCUUCAUAGAAGAAACCUUUUUAUAUCAAAUGAAAAAUAUUUUCUUAUAACUUCUGAAGGAACAAAGUUUACUAUUAGGUUAAUAGUAAAGUCAUGCUUAAAUUUAUGGAUGAUUCACCAUGUGUUUUACCAUAUGUUUUCCAUGUGUUUUACCAUGUGAUUUACCCUCUAGCUCAGUGGUUUUCAGCCUUCCUCAUGCCACGACCUUUUAAUACAGUUCCCCAUCUAUACAAAUUUUUCUUUUCUUUUUCAUGAAUAUGUGUUUUCUGAUGGUCUUAGGUGACCCCUGUUAAGGGGUUGUUCGAUCCACAAAGGGCUCAUGACCCACAGGUUGAGAACCACUACUCUAACUAAUAAGCUGUUGAGUGAAUAUUUAGAGAAUUAUUGCUUAUAAGUGUGGACCUUGUCAUGCAUUCUCCUUAGAUCAAAGACUUGUAUGAUGCCAUGUUCACUGCUCUGGUACAAGAUAGAGCCGACUUUGUACAGCUUUUCCUGGAUAAUGGUGUAGACCUCAGGAAGUUUCUCACUGUGAAAACCUUGUGGAACCUUUACUGUAAUGUAAGCGCUUGCAUUAGAAUGAGUAGAUUAUUAUAAUUAAACAGAAAUUAAAUGAUUUAAAACUUAUCUUUAUAUACAAGUUUACAUACUACCUUUUGGAGAUGGUGCACUAACUUUUUUUUUAAUGAAAAGCAAUUUGCAAUUAAACAUAAUAAGUACUGUGCACAAUAUUUUAGGGGUCACUUAUUCUACAAAUUUUUAAAAAAUGUAUUUAAAAUCUUAACUGUAAGUUUGUUUAUGGUUUUAUCUGAUAUUUAGAUUACAGACCUGUUUACUCUUACGAUUUUGGCGUACAAUGUACGAUUUUUAGAUGUCUUUUACGAUUGUACGCCAAGACCCGCCAAAACUACGAUUUUCAGAGACCCGGUGGAAAAAUUUUUCCCCCGAUUUAAAAAAAAUUAAUAAAUUUUCGGGUUUGGACGUUUUAGCCGUCUCUAAUGAAGAUCUGGCAGUGAAUAUGAACGAGAAAAACGAUUGGUUGGAUUUUUUUUUUUUUUUAAAGUUGGGACCAUCCUUAUUAUAUUUCGAAAGGACUCAUGGGGACUGGGGAGGUGGGGUUGUUGAUGACGGAAAUUGUGGCAUACGAGACACCCAUGGGUAGGGGAUUGGUGGGAGUGUCAAAGGAUAUAAAUAAAUAACCCCGACGUAUCGUAUUGACGGGAUCACAGUGUACUAGCUGGCUGCUGCGUCAACAGUAAUAUUUGGAUUGGUCGCCCUAGCGACAACUUCACCCGCCAUCGCCUUUGACUGCUACCAAGCGUGUGACGUAGUUUUGGUACAGAAUUAUUUUGUUCCUCAGAACCGCGGCGAUUGUAAAACUAGAGAUGGUUUUUAAAAUAAAAUAGAUGAUCCAACUGUUCUGCAGUGGAGCGUUGGAUUUGGGGCAUACCGGUAUUUUAUAAGAUCCAGUCAGCGACAUUUACAAAAUAUAGGGAAAUAUUUUGUAGUUUUAUUUAUUUACUAUAGAGAUAUUGUAUUGUACGAUUUUGAGACCAGAUUGUACGAUUUUAGGGGUUUGAGGGUAAACAGGUCUGAGAUUAUAAUAUUAUUAACAUCUACCCACAAAAGCUCUACAUAUUAUGUAUUCAUUUUGUGAAACGUUUGUGCUUUAUUGUACUAACAUUGAAUAUAGUUUAAUAGAAAACAGAAAAUGUGCAUGAUAUUGUAAUUGCGUUUUUAAUAAUCUAAAUAUCUUUCUAUAAACCUUGAAUCAAUUUAUGUGAAAAAUAUUGAUGGCUGACAUUUAAAGAGAGUAGCUUGUUCAAUUAUUUAAACCAAAGCAAGCUGGAACUAGUAUUUUAAAAAUUUAAAACUGUCAGAUGAAAUAUUUUGUUGCAGUGCCUGAAUGUUGAAGAUGAUGGUGAGGCUGCUAUCUUACGUUUCAUCAUCAUGUAUGUCAAGGUAUGCUCUCUGGUUUCAUCUUUAAAUAAACAAUUAAAAAAAAAAAAUCAUUUUUUAAAGGCAUUUUUAAAUAAAUAUUUUACUACUAGACUGGAUAGCAUUCACCCUAUUGUUCACAAGUGCUUUAAACAUCAUCCACUGUCAUGCUUAACUAGAAGCAAAGCCCUUUUUUUUUUGCUCUUGAUUUAAAUUAAGCGUUAUUUCAUUGCCGGUCAUUGUUUGAAAUUUCUUUUAAGCUCAUCAGGCAUGCAGAUAACUUGUAAAUGGUUUGUAAAUUAUAUUUUCUAGCAAGGUUGGGGAGCUUACCUGAGACGCCAGGCUCUUGAAGAAUGGAAAGACUUCAAUAAAGAUGACAUUCUUGUCUGCAUAAACAGAGCCAUAAUACAUCUCUUGGGUGAUGAAUGUUUUGAAUUGUACCUGGGUAAGAGUUGCUAGAGCCCUAGUGGCGUAUCAUGAACAGGGCCAAAAUAUAUUAUCUCUUGGGCGAUGAAUGUUUUGAAUUCUACCUGGGUAAGAGCUGCUAGAGACCCUGGUGGUGUAUCCUUAACAGGGCCACAAUACAUCUCUUGGGCCAUAAUGUUUUGAAUUCUACUUGGGUAAGACUAGUUAGAGAGGUCCUGGUCUUAUUUUCUUUUCUUUUGAGGAGAGAUAGUUUAUAAUAUUUUUAAUGAAAUAGAAAAAGUUAUAUAACUUCAAGAAUUAGUUUAUUCAUCCAUUAUUUACUUCCAGUUAUAAUCAAAGAUUUGUUUGUUUCAUUUUAACAAGAACAAAAUGAAAGAAACCAGUCAAUCUUAUUCCUAUGUUCUUUAUUUUGUGCCAUUUGCAAUCAAGUAAUUGCAGUUUUUAAAUAUUUACAAAUUAUCUAUUUUCACCUUUGCCACUACUUGGAAAUAAGACACUGAUGUGUUGCCAUUUCAGAACCAGGAAAAUACAAGGUUCGUGAUGAAAAAAUUAACAUGGAGUGGAAGGGAGACUUAAAGACCAUUCAGCCUCUUCUGUCCCGCAUUUCUCAGUCAAGCCACUUGGAACCAUCUGUUUUAACUGGUAAGUGAUCCAUAGUUCAUACAAAUUUAUUUCUAUAACUAUAAACAUGUUUUUUUUAAUGAUUUAAUUCAAUACCAGAAGUUCCACCAAUGAGACCCAUGCAUUAUAACUUUUGAAUUUUGUUAUCUUUCAUUUUCAGGGACUGAAAGCAGAUUCACAAUCCAGCACUCUGAGAGUGAAAUGCAUGGUAAUAUUUUAAUGAGAUUUCUUGUGGGAUUUAAUGUAAAUGUGCAGUGACUUCAGUCAGUCAUUAUUACUAUGAAAAUAUAUGACACUAUUCUUAUGCUUUUUUGUUGUAUCCUUAUUUGACAUGUUUUUAUGCUGUACUUGACAUCUUGUUACCAUUUAUUGCUGUAUGCUAUCAAAUUUUAAAAAUGUCUCUUUGAAUUGUGUAAUUUUGCACAUAAGUACAGAUAGCCUACAUUAUUAUAUGGUAAUAAUUUAAAGUUGCAGAUUUUUCAACUAAUUUUUUUAAAAAGUAUGUAUUUGUAUACUGUAUAUUUUUCCAGGAAAUUUAAGUCACAUGUCACGUAGCCGUAAAAUAAAACAGAGACUAAAGAUGAAAGAGAAUUUUGACUUUGAGAAUCCAGAGCGAGACCUCUUCAUAUUUGCCAUACUAUUUAACCGGAGACAAAUGGCAGAUAUGUUUCUUAAGCAAGGGAUUGACCAUAUUGGUACUCAUUGUUUUCUUUAAGUUUUUCAGUUUCAAAUUUAGUUCUGUAAUUGAUUUUAAGUUUUUAAAAACAAAACCAUGAUGAAAUGCCCUUAAAAGUGCAGCUUCAGAAUUAUAUGUCCCUGGGGAAAAUGGACACUUAUGGUUGUUUCCCAGAUACGUACUCUAGAGAGAUGGUUAGCUUCUAUGGCAACUAAUUAUAUAUGUAUUUUUCCCCAUGUCCCUCCCCUCUAUCUACUGUUUGGAUUUAUCCUUGUCUACAUGAUCACAAAGCAAGAAUUAAUGUAAAUUUGCAAGAUUGUUCAUUGUGCAAUAAAAUAUCUAAUGGAAAUAGAUUUUUGUUUUAACAUUUAAGGGGGGGGGGGGGCGUAUCUUCAUGAAGACUAUUGGAUUUUCUGAGGAAAUAAUAUUUAUGUUUGUUAAAUUUAAAUAAAAGAGUAAUAUUGUUUGAUCACUCAUUGGCACAAAACCAAAAGUCUUGUUAAAUUCAUUUUUAUAAUUCACCCUGUUUUUUUUUUAUUUGUCCUACAGGUACUGCCCUCUUAGGAAGCUCACUAUUGAGAGCCCUAUCUAACAGAGCUGACAUGGAUGAUGAAACAAGCACAAGUCUAGACUUGUCGCAACAUUCUCAGUAAUUUUUUUGUUUAAUGUUGUUUUUGUAGGACAGUUAAUCUAUCCUAAAUAGUGCCAUAUUUUUUUUAUUCACUGGAAGAUUUGUAAUGCAAUUUUACGUUUUCAAGAAAUUUGGGAUGUUUGAAUUAAUGGACAUAACAGCAGAAUUUUAGUUUUGUUUUAAAUUUCAACAUUGAAAUCUUGGAGCUUUUACUAAAAUGUAAUUGUGAAGUUGUUAUCAGAUUAUCCUAAUUUUUUUUCCUUUUUAAAUACAGUAAUGCAAUGUUAAUACCAAAAUAUACUUUUUCCCUUUGUAGAAUUCUUGAGAACUUUGCAGUUAGCGUCUUAGAUGUCUGCUAUCUUCGUAGCAAGAUGGACACCCACAUGCUCCUCUGUCGUAAAAUUAAACAACUGGGCGACAUGACCAUACUUCUCCUGGUUGAAAGACAGCAGCUCAUGGACUUUGCUGAGCAUUCAGCUUGCCAGACAAAGCUGACCAGUAUUUGGAAAGGGAGCCUGGCACUUUAUACAUCUGAACUCAAGGUAAACUUUUUUUGAUGAGCUUUUUCCACAUGAAUAAAAGAGAAAAUUACAGGGAAAUGAUAACAAAGUAAUAAAAAAUUAAUAUCUUUAUAUUAUUUGACCUUGUAUUCUCUGUUACAUUCAACUUUCAGAUUCUGGCCACCAUAGUGUUUCCACCCCUGAUCUACUUUAUGAAGUUCAGCAACGCCCACAGUGAUAGGUCCCAAUAUUUCUUGAAGCCAUCCACUGUUGAGCCUGAGGAACAUCACGAGCAUGUGAAGACUUCAGGAUCACAAGAUUUUAGUAAAACCAAACACCCUGAUGUCAUUGGAUCUCCCAAUUUCGCCCCAUCAAAACACAAACCCCAGGACAAGACUCUGACAAGCAAGUUUCAGGAAGUCAACAUGUUUUGCGGUGGGGGCAACUCCAUCAGUUUGUUUCGUGCUGCAUACAAAUUUUACAAAGCCCCUGUCACAAAGUUCCUCAACAAUAUUGUAAGUAAAAUCUGAAAUCGUCACUGUCUUACCACUAUUAAGGGAAUAUAAAAGUUUUCCUGCCAUUCCCAAUUUCUUUAAUAAUUAGUUAAUGAUAGGCCUAUUUAAUAAUGUUGUAUUGUUAAUAUAAUUUUAUUGUGUGUAUAAUAAGUUAAUUUUAGGCCUGUUUAAUUAUGUUGUAUUGUUAAUAUAAUUUUAUUGUCUGUUAUAUCCAAAAAUUAAAAUAUGUUUGAUAAGUUAAUUUAAACUAUUUUUUUCUUAAAUCUCUUGUUCAAAUAAUAAUGCAACAAUUUACUGUUGAAUUCUUUAUUUUUAAAGCUUUGUGUAAAUAUGCUGUCCUUAAAUAAAAAAAAUCAGUCACAUAAUGUAAUGACCUUGUACUUUUCCCUUUUAAAGAUUGCUUACCUCAUAUUCCUGGCCCUGUUCAGCUAUUUUCUGCUGACCAAUGUGAGCCCCGUUGACCAACCCAACUCACCAUCUGGAGUAGAGUAUGUUGUUUGGGUAUGGUUUCUUACCAUGAUGAUGGAGGAAGUGAGACAGGUAAGUUAGCUUUGGUUUUAAUGACAUCCAAAACUCUUAUGAAGGCAAGCAUGCAAUGGAAGCAAAGUGCUGCAGGCAGUGGAAGUAAGGUGCUCCAGGCAGUGGAAGUAAGGUGCUCCAGGCAGUGGAAGUAAGGUGCUCCAGGCAGUGGAAGUAAGGUGCUCCAGGCAGUGGAAGUAAGGUGCUCCAGGCAGUGGAAGCUAAGUGCACCAGGCAGUGGAAGCAAGGUUCUCAAGAAGCAUAUAAGAGGAAAAACUAAUAUAUUGCCAACAGAUGUAAGGCAGAUUGCCAAAUGUACCUCCCCCGGGACAAAUUACUUUCCAUUAUGCUCCUUCCUAUGUAAAAAAAAAUUUUGUGUGUUUUGUUAAUUUGUUGUACAGAGCUUUAUGUUUCAAAACCUCCCUCCAUCCUGGAGAGCUAAAUUUGAGAUAUGGGCUUAGCCUUGUUAGACAUCUUUAAUCAUUUUAAAACAUUUAGUUAUAUCAUAAUUUUUCUGAAGAUUGUGCUUACUGUCACGGGAAUGAGAACCACUGUUGUUGGGAGUGAGAUAGCAGUAAAUGAUGUACAUCAAAUUGAGUGCAAGUUUGAGUGAACGAGGCGUGAGAUAGUCAUUGUCCAUUAGGGUUGAGAGGGGGAUAUAUAGAGGAGCUGUGUCAUAGUGAGAGGGGCAUUGUAUUAUAUUCACAGAGGAGUGUAUGUGUUUCUGAGUCUGGCAGACUUAUUAAGAACUAGUGAUUAUUUCUGUGUAUCUCUUGGAUCUGGUGAUGAUGUUACACGACAAUGGUAUAUGUGAUAAAGUUAAAAAACUCAUGGUAUUAUAUGAUGGGGUCAGAGUGGAGUGCCUUGGACUAACAUAGAGUAGAAGUUGCACUAGCCAGAGGAGCUUAGACUAUAAUUGUCGUCGGACAAUGAGAGGAGAUAGAUCGUCAACCUCUGAGAUCGACAGAAUGUCAUUUUCGUCACUUACAAAAUAUCAAAGUCGAGUGUUUGAAUCAACUUAUCCAAUACAAAAAAAGUGGAGAUUUUUGGAGAAAAACAACUGAUUUUUAUUUCAACUAAUUUAAUUUAACAUUUGAUUUCAGUAACAGAAUGUUAGUGAGACAAGACAGUGAUUCUGUUACAGCUGGAAGAUUAAACAAAAAAAUUUAAUAAAUGAUAUGUUUUAGAAUAUAUUAACCAAUAAAGUUAUAGCAUUGUUAGUGUCUUUUGAUCAAACCAUCUUAUUUUUUUUAACUGGUUUUAUUUUCUGUUUACCCUGCCUUAUGAAAAUGUAUCCUUUUUUUAUUUUUACUAGGUUAUUAUUGGUGACCAGCGGUCAGUAAAAUACAAGAUUCAAAGCUGGUGGAGCGACUUCUGGAACCAGUUUGACUUUGUCAUGUACCUGGGUGUCAUUAUCUCCAUCAUACUGCGCUACCAACUGUCCGCCGACGGACAUUUUGUGUAUGUGAGGGUUGUCUACUCCAUCACACUGGCUAUGUCAUUCCUAAGGCUCAUGCAGUACUUCUUUGCUGAGAAGAACAUGGGGCCAAAGGUCAUAAUGAUAAGGAAAAUGGUUAGUAUCAGUAUUCAUAUUUGAUAGGUUAGUUUGAGAAAUGCAAAAUUCAUAUUUUUCUAAAAUGUUAGAAAUUCUUAAAAAAUCAUUUUCAUGAACUUACUUGGUUCAAAUUUUAUAAUAUGGCAAUGUGCCACCUAUGGGUUAGGAGCAUGCUCCUGUGCUACGGUUGUUUACCCCAGGCAUGUCCACACCCACUGAAUUGGGGCAUGCCUGCGCCUCGGAUGACCGAUGAACAAUGCAUCGUCAUGAGUUACCGGUGUGUGAUAUAUAAGGCAGUGAUUUAACCCAUGAGUGUGUGAGCUGAUACUUGGGGUCGGCUGCAUGUGUUUUUAUAUUUGAGUAUCUGUUUUUGAAAGGAUUGUACCACAAGUUUUUCAAUAAAGCUAUAAUUCUCAAGACCUGCAUUUCUUUGUUUGUGUAUUAAAACUGUCAGCCACGUACCACUUGGCUACCGUUUUUGCGUAGUCGGUAGGGUAUUCUUUGAAGACAGCUUUUAAAGAAAAGGUAACAAUCAUAGACCAACAGAACACUAAAAGACCGACCGAUGGAGCAAAGUGCUGUAGAACAGUCUCACCUAGCCAACAGUCUACCCAAGCUUUCCAAAUUUAAUGGCAAGAGCAAGGCAGAGCAGUUUGUGAAGGAAGCGAGACUGUUCCUGCAACUUCAGCCGAUUCCUGCAGCCUCAGCCGUCAUCCGGAUAAUCGGUGCCCUGAAGGGACGUGCUGAUUGGGACAUUCUGGAUCAAGCUGUUGCUGCUAUAGACUCUCUAGAUAAACUACUGCACUUGAUUUUACAUAACUAGGGUGAUCAUCGUGAUAUCACAACUCUAUCUGCCACAUUCUACCGCAGGCAACAAUACCUUUGGGGAAUCAGUUCAGGACUAUGCGAAAGAGUUAAACAGCAUCUUCAUAUUAGCCAAUUCUGCACAUCCUGGCUUUCUCGCAGAAGAAGGCUACACACUGGCCUUUCCUUUGAUGACGUCCGGAGGGGAGCACAACAAUAGAUGUGUCAGGAUUUUUCUGAAAUUGUCACCACCCAGCUCUCAAUAGCAUUGUCACCUGACCUGACCCAGCUGACUGCACAAAUUAUGGCUCGUAUACACCAGCAAGUGGCAGCCUGGGCAGAAAGAUAUCACGCUCCACCGCAUAAUCCUGGAAGGGGUCGACACAUCUAGUUUACUGAUUCUACACCAGCGCCUGCAUGGCAGCUAUGGCAUAAACGCAAGCGACAACCUACAGACUCGGGCGAGUUAAGGCUUUGGUGUAGUCGCAGAUGUCACAUGGAAUGCCACUGCUCUGCUAAGAGAAAUUACAUUUCUUAUAUGAAUGGACAGCCACAAAACCCUCGGAGGCUACGAGCCAAAAAGAAAUCCAAGUCACCAUUUGGCCAAGAUGCUACUCAAGGCCAGCUGACUGCUCGCCAUCAUAUGUCCACAUAUGUAAGAGAACCUGAUCAGUCUGGCCUUACUGUUGUGAGAACUAAAUCUCAGAAUGUGCUGUCCACAAACUCAGACACAAAUCCUUCUCCUAAACUUCAACACCAAAGUGUGACUAAAACAGCUGUUCAUGCGUCAAAUUAUUAUUAAUUUUUCUGACACUGUAUUACGGGAGGGUUCUGUUACACCAAAACAGAUAGCCCAGAUGUUGAGAGAAGAACCAUCAUCAGGACCCACACAGUAACACUGAUAACAUGUACAUACAAGUUUUUAAUUCUAAGGGAGAACUUUUGCAAGCUUUUGAGAAAUCUGAAAUUUUAUUAAAAAAUGAAAGUGAUCCAGUGGAGGAAACCGAUCAAACAACAGAGGAUUUAAUCGCUACCAUGGUUUCACCAUCAAAAACUUAAAGUACAAUGACCAAAGGGUACCUGAAAGGUAUUAGCUCAUCAUCACAGAUGGGGACAUUUAGUUCAGGUUCUAAAUCAAGCGUUCCCAUUUUAGAUGCUAUCUUAUCUGGACAGGUUUUACCAAAACAGCAUUACACAUGUGUACCAGUCAUGGCUGCUCCCCAACAUUCCUCACACUCAUGAGGUUAACUCAUGAACACAAAGCUAAUAGAUAUUGAAAAACCACCCAUUCAUACUCUAAAUGCUGAUUUGACCCAAUUCCACCCAUUCAUAUUCUAAAUGUUGAUUUAACCCAAUUCCACCCAUUCAUAUUCUAAAUGUUGAUUUGACCCAAUUCCACCCAUUCAUAUUCUAAAUGCUGAUUUGACCCAAUUCCACCCAUUCAUAUUCUAAAUGUUGAUUUGACCCAAUUCCACCCAUUCAUAUUCUAAAUGCUGAUUUGACCCAAUUCCACCCAUUCAUAUUCUAAAUGCUGAUUUGACCCAAUUCCACCCAUUCAUAUUCUAAAUGCUGAUUUGACCCAAUUCCACCCAUUCAUAUUCUAAAUGUUGAUUUGACCCAAUUCCACCCAUUCAUAUUCUAAAUGCUGAUUUGACCCAAUUCCUCCCUUUUAAUGCCGCCUAUCAUGUUUCAGUUGACAGAUCUGAUGUUUUUCUUCUUGAUUCUGGUUGUGUUUGUGCUGAGUUUUGGUGUGGCCUACCACAUCAACAUGUUCCCUAACUCACCCGCCAACUGGGACAUCCUCUUCAAUGUGCUCUACUACCCUUACUUCCAGAUCUACGGGGAACUCUUCAUGGAGGACAUUCGAGGUAGGUUCGAUGGUUUAAGUGACUGGACUACCAAAAAGUGACGAUUGUUGAUUUAGCCAACAGGAUCAUAUAGAGUAUAUUUUAGCAAUCCAUUUUUGUGAAGCUAAAAGAAAUAUACACAGGCUAGAGGAAAACUUGAAGAAGGACAAUAACAGAAAGUGACCGUUUCUGCCUUCGAUAGCAAAAAUAGUUCAAGGCAAAGAAUUAGCUCUUAGCUUUUUGUAUAGAUAUGUACUCUACAUUACCUGGUAGGCAUUUUCAUAUACACAUAUAUGAUAUGUACUCUACAUUACCUGGUAGGCAUUUUCAUAUACACAUAUAUGAUAUGUACUCUACAUUACCUGGUAGGCAUUUUCAUAUACACAUAUAUGAUAUGUACUCUACAUUACCUGGUAGGCAUUUUCAUAUACACAUAUAUGAUAUGUACUCUACAUUACCUGGUAGGCAUUUUCAUAUACACAUAUAUGAUAUGUACUCUACAUUACCUGGUAGGCAUUUUCAUAUACACAUAUAUGAUAUGUAAUCUACAUUACCUGGUAGGCAUUUUCAUAUACACAUAUAUGAUAUGUACUCUACAUUACCUGGUAGGCAUUUUCAUAUACACAUAUAUGAUAUGUACUCUACAUUACCUGGUAGGCAUUUUCAUAUACACAUAUAUGGAAAUGACCCAUGAAAUUAAAGAAUUUGCAUAUGAGAUUAAAAGGAAAUGUAAAAGAUUAGAUUCUGCUAUAAAUUGUUUAAUAAAAUAAAAUAAGAUAAGAUUGAAAUGGAAGACUACUAUAAAACAGCAAGGACUCGGUCGGUAAGGUUAGCAAGAAUGUGUAAUAUGAGGCAAAUAACAUGGAGAGAACACAGAAGGCUAUUGGCUUCUUGCUUUACUUACAGAUAAUUUGGAACUCUAGGCUAACACAAAGAGAGAGAUAGAGAUAGGAAAUAGUCAGAAUAUUAAGUUUUAAUACUGUAUUGUUCAGAAAGAUGCCGGUCAGUAAAGAAUGAUUUGAAAAGACUUAAAACCUCUAACAAGGUUUUUCAAUAGAUUCUUUGUAUAUUUCUUAUUCUUUCAACCUGAACACAGUCCUCCCCAUAUUUCUCUUAUGAGGCUGAGUAGUCUUUAAACAAAAUAAUUUAUUUUAUAAUAAGAAUUAAUUGAAUCCAAUUGAUAUUACAGACCUGUUUACUCUUACGAUUUUGGCGUACAUUGUAUGAUUUCGAGGUGUAUACAUUAUAUAUAUUCUAUGUUUAUUUUUUUAUUAUUAAGAUAAUGUAUUGAACAAUUUUGUGAUGAUUUUGUAUGAUUUUAAGAGUUUGAGGGUAAACAGGUCUGAUAUUAUACUAUACAUUUUUAGGAGAAGAUGUCAAUGGUUGUACUAGGAAUGAGACACUUUGGAGGGAAGAUCCAACAACCCGAUGUCCAGAACAGAAUGCAAUAGUUCUCAUCAUGCUGGCUCUCUACAUGGUAUUGACCAAUAUUCUGUUGGUCAAUCUCCUUAUAGCCAUGUUUAGGUAAAAUAUAGGAUGUUUUAUUGAUAUUUUGCUUUUCUGUUAGUUCAGUUAUGCAUUUAAUAUAACACCCUUGUAUUUGAUUUUUGGUUCUCAAGCUGGGGUCUGUAGUGGAAUGGUUUUAGGCGGAACGUGUAAGGUUCACUUAUUUAAAAUUUUGGGCUUUUUGUGAUUGUUGCUGCUGGUUGCUACGUCCUGUGUAGGAAUACAAUUUAUUUCCUGUGAGACUUGGACUAGUCACUAAAGUUUGAGAACCACUAGUAUAGUGUAGUGAUUUAUGCUCAAUGGUUUCUCAGAAUGCAGCAGCUUGUUCAUUGAAGAUGAAGGCCCACUGUGUUCUCAUAAAUCUUUAGCAUAUUGUGAAGCAUCAACAAUCUGAGGGAUUACAGUUUUACUAUCUAUCUCUCAGAUCUCCAAUAGUGGGCUUGUCAAUUCUUAGAAACUAAUAGCUAAACUUAGAGCUAACCAGUGAAUGGAACAAUAGUCCUCCAAACUCUCUUCAUGCAAACUUAAUUUUUUACGGUCCACUGUUGAAGGAAGAUUGUGUGUAGAGAAACCAGUGUGUUUUGUGUUCCUAAGUGUUGGCAUCCACAUCUCUAAAGCCAAGUAAGUUAAAGAUACACUUGGAAACGAAGCAUCCCAGCUCAAUAAACAAGAUGUCGACUUCUUUAAACACCAAGCUGAACGAUCGCACAAAGUCAGGCCUGAUGACACAUGAAUGUUUUCUCAGAAUGUUAAGGCUGGUCUAAAAGCCUCCUAUGAGGUUUUAAGGAAAAUGUCUACUGCCAAGAAACCCUAUAGCAUCGGAGAACAGUUCAUUAUUAACUUGCUGCUAUGAUAUCAUAUCACAUGUGCUGGGAAGUUUUGAACUUGAGGAGCUAAAGCAUGUUUCCCUGUCAAAUUAUAUUUUUAGGAGGCUAAUAGCGGAGAUGUCUGAUAACAUACUUUUGCAGUUGGUCCUGAACAUUUAGAAUUCUAUUUUCAAAUUUUUGCAAGCCACCUUGAUGAAAAAACAGAUGUUACAAGCUUAGCCCAACUUUACUGAUAUGCAUGUUACAAGCAAAUGGAAGAUGAUUUUUUUAUUUUUUUUUGCCAUACUUUGAGCACCAGAAUAACUUCAAAUGAAAUAAUUGACAAAGUGGACAGAUUCUUUGAGGCAUAUGGUAUCAAAUGGGAACAUGUCAUUGGUGUGUGUAAUGACAGUGCUCAAGCUAUGCUUGAUUGCCAUUCUGGUUUUCAAAAUUUAGUUAAGUGAAAUCACCCAAAAUUAUUGGUUCACACUGCACUUUAACGAUGAAAACCAUGCCUGAAGAGUUGGAAAAUGUUCUCAGUGAAGUGAUUAUAGCAGUGAACUUUAAUGAAGUGAAUGCACUCAAUUCUCGUUUGUUUUCUGAGUUAUGAAAAGAAAGUUGUUUUUGAAUUUAAAACACUCUUGUUGCACUCCCACCUGAGGUGGUUUUCCAAAAAGAAAAGCUUAAAGAGAGUUUUCAUACCACGCGAAGAAAUGCAGCAUUUUUUACAAGACACUAAGCCAGACAUGAACACAAAUUUCUCUGAUGUCCGCCUUCUUGUAUCCCUGUAAUUUUUGGUCGACUAAUUUGAAUCCAUGAAUUCCAACAACCUGGCGCUUCAAUGAAUAGAGAUCUAAGUGCUCUAUUGUUAUAAAAAAUUAGCAGCUUUCAAAGCUAGAAAAGAAGGAUCUUGCCCCAUUUCCACGGCUAAACACAUAUAUUGAUGAAAAUGAGCAUAAAUUCAUUGAUGACAUCCUUGAGUGAUGUAACAACAUGUAUCAAUUCUAAGUGAAGAAUUUCUCAUUAUUUUCCUGACCUAAAAGAGUUUAAAAUACACUUUCAAUUUAUCAACAGCCAGUUUUAACUCUCCACUAGUGAUCUUAUUUCUAUCUAAUGUGUUGUAGGGAAUUUUGGUUUGAAAUGGUUAGGCCCUUCCUAACAAUUGAUGCAACAAAGAGGCUGAUGUCUGCAUUUGUGCUAUCACGCAUGGACUAUUGCAAUGCUCUUAUGGUGGGUCUUCCAGCUACGCUCCUGGAUAAAAUUCAAAUAGCACAGAAUAAUGCGGCUCGCAUUGUUCUCCGCAAACGCAAGUUUGACCAUGCAAAAACCCUUCUGAGAGAGUUGCAUUGGCUGCCGUUGCGUGCUCGCAUAGAGUACAAAAUCGCAACUUUGUGCUACCGCUGCUUACAUGACCUGGCGCCGUCCUAUCUGAAAGAGCUGCUGACGCCUUAUGUACCCAGUAGAGAGCUCCGCUCAUCCGAUAGUGGCAAACUCUCGACACCACGUGUUUGCCUUGAGACUUACGGAAAGCGCACUUUCGCAUUUGCUGGUCCAACAAUUUGGAACGCCCUUCCUGUCGAUCUUAGAAACAACCAGACACUGGAGUCCUUUAAAACCGAUCUAAAGACACAUCUAUUUCGCAAAUACCUUCUGGGAUGAUUGUCUACCUUCUUUUCCAUGUGUUGCUGUGUUGCUCCGGGUUGAAAUGGCUAGAAAGACUUUGAUAUUGUAUGCUUGUAAUUAGUUUUUGUAGUGUUGCGUUUGUUUUAAAUGUGGUGAAUUAUAGAUAUUUUUUGUUGACUUUGUACCGCGCUUCGAGCCUUUGGGGAUGAAGCGUGUUUUUGAAAUGAACUUUAUUAUUAUUAUUAUUAUUAUUAUGUUGUACAGAUGGCAACCACCUAUGAGUUUGAGACAUUUUUUUUCCCACACUACUAGAUAUCAAAAAAAUUCCUGAAACAGAUUAGAUGCGACAAGUGACAUGAGAGUUACACUGUCUAAAACAAAGCCUAAACUAGAAGAACUGGUUCAGUCCAAGCAGAUUCACCCAUCCUGUUUCUAGAAGAACUGGUUCAGACAAAGCAGAUUCACCCGUCUCAUUGAUAGAAGGACUGGUUCAGACAAAGCAGAUUCACCCGUCUCAUUGAUAGAAGGACUGGUUCAGACAAAGCAGAUUCACCCGUCUCAUUGAUAGAAGAACUGGUUCAGACAAAGCAGAUUCACCCGCCUCAUUGAUAGAAGAACUGGUUCAGACAAAGCAGAUUCACCCAUCCUGUUGAUAGAAGAACUGGUUCAGUCAAAGCAGAUUCCCCCAUCCCAUUGAUAGAAGAACUGGUUCAGAAAAAGCAGAUUCACCCAUCCCAUAAAUAGAAGAACUGGUUCAGAAAAAGCAGAUUCACCCAUCCCAUAAAUAGAAGAACUGGUUCAGUCAAAGCAGAUUCACCCAUCCCAUAAAUAGAAGAACUGGUUCAGUCAAAGCAGAUUCACCCAUCCCAUAAAUAGAAGAACUGGUUCAGUCAAAGCAGAUUCACCCAUCCCAUAAAUAGAAGAACUGGUUCAGUCAAAGCAGAUUCACCCAUCCUGUUGAAAGUACAUUUGAUGACUAAGAUUUGCUAUUUUCUGAAUAAAUCAUUUUUUUUCAAAGAAGAGUAAAGUAGCAUAAUAUAUGUUAAAUCUAGUUAAUUUAUUUUAAAUGGUCGUGAAGCAGUCUAAAAAAUUGUCAAGAGCCCGUCAUGCAAGAAAUUUUUUAAAAGUUUAAGAAUCACUGAAUUAGAUGUAACAUGCUUUUUGGUGCAAGUUAGAUAGGAACAACAAAAAGAAUUGCUCAAUUAAAGUGCCUUGUGAAUGAUUUUAGUAGUUAAAAAAAAUAUAUUAUAAGAAAUUUUGGAACCUGGGUAAAAUAUACGUACUUCAUGAGGAUAAUCACAACCAACAUUCAUAAUCAGAAUCUCUCGUAAGAAUAAUUUAAAACAGUUUGAGAAAUAUUACUUGCUGUAAGUUAAUUAAAAGUGUCAAAAUGUUGUUGUAAUUUUACUGUUUUAUUUCUUGCGUUUCAGCUACACUUUUCAAACAGUGCAAGAUAAUUCCACUAAAGUAUGGCGUUACUAUCGCAUCUCACUGGUUUACGAAUACUUCAACCGACCCACUUUGGUCCCUCCCAUUAUUGUACUGAACCACAUAUGGAGAUCUGCCCGCUAUCUACUGUAUCGUAAGGGUCGUGCUGCUAAAAGGCGUAAUGCAUUUGGUAAGCUGUUGAGUGUAUAAGUUCAAGUAUCUAUUUAAGUUCAAUAAUGUCAAGCAUUUGCUAUUCUUGAUGCUGUUCUCUGUUUUUUUUGUGUUGUCAAGAGUUUAUUUGUUCAUUUAUCUAAAGCUAUUUCUAUGUAUAUAUCCAACAAAAAAUACACAUUAACUUUAAUAUUAAAUGAAUAAGUUAUUGCAUAGAAAUGCAAUUUCUUAGGAUUAUUCUGUUACCGGUACUAUUUGUAACAAAAAAGAGUUGGAUUGUUAACUGCCUUUAAAUUAAGAGUUUGAUUAUAACUACCCUUAGCAUUAUCACUAUUAUAUUAUCUUACUUAUAGGUGUCCAUCUUUCUGAUGAAAACAACCUGCGUCUGAGCUUAUUUGAAAAGGACGCCAUGGAAGUUUACCUGGCAAGUUCCUCUGUAAAAGAGAGAGAGCAGUUGGACAGAAGAGUGGCAUCAACAGCCGAGAGGUGA